UUUCUCUCUCCUCCUUCAAUAUUUAUUUCCACAAACCCUAAUUGAAAAGAACACAAAUUUUUGGAACCCAAAUGGAUUCAAUAAUCCCUGAAUUUGAAGGUCUCAACAACACCCAACAAUUUGGAGUGUCAAAUCUUCAAAAUUUAGGUAUUGGGUCAUCUUCAUCUUCAUCAAACAGCCGCUAUGAGAAUCAAAAACGGCGAGAUUGGAACACAUUUUGUCAAUACCUUAAAAAUCACCGACCGCCAUUAGCUCUUUCAAGGUGUAGUGGAGCUCAUGUUCUUGAAUUCCUUCGCUAUUUGGACCAAUUUGGUAAGACCAAAGUGCAUACUCCGAUCUGCCCUUUCUAUGGCCAUCCUAACCCACCAGCUCCAUGUCCUUGCCCUCUACGCCAAGCUUGGGGUAGCCUUGAUGCCCUUAUUGGCCGCCUUCGAGCUGCCUUUGAAGAGAAUGGUGGGAUGCCUGAAGCUAACCCUUUUGGUGCUCGUGCUGUUAGGCUUUAUCUUCGUGAGGUUCGUGAUUUGCAGUCUAAAGCAAGAGGAAUUAGCUAUGAAAAGAAGAAACGAAAGCGCCCUCAACAACAACGACAACAACAACAGCUCCCUCAACCUUCCAAUGGAGCUUAAAAAAAAAAAAAGCAACUUUAUAAUCAUGGAAGCCAAUUAGAGGGUACCCUUCUUCUUUAAUCAUCAUUAUCAUCAUCAUUAUGCUGCUUUUUAUCUAUCAAUUCUAGGGUUUGAGAUGUUUUUGUAAGGUUUUAAGGUGUAACCCACUUUAUGAAUUACAAAUUUAAUCAUCAA